UUAGUUGUGAACCCAGAAAUCAUCAAAAAUGGAGACUCACACCAAGCUUCUGUUUGCUGCGUGUGCCACUUUAUCCAUCAUACAUCUUGUUCAAUCUCAGAAUCAACAAGGAUUCAUCAGUUUGGAUUGUGUACCUUCUAAUGAGUCUCCUUACAACGAAGCAAAUAGCAAUCUGACGUACAUAUCCGAUGCAAAUUUCAUCCAAGGAGGAAAAACUGGUAAUGUCCAAAAAGACUUGGUUAUGAAACUCAGGAAGCCAUAUACGGUUUUGAGAUACUUUCCCGAUGGAAUUCGAAAUUGUUACAGUCUAAAUGUCACGCAAGACACAAAUUAUCUAAUCAGGGCUAUGUUCUGAUAUGGAAACUAUGACGGGCUUAACAUGUCUCCAAGAUUCGACCUCUAUCUUGGUCCUAAUAUUUGGACAACCAUAGAUAUGGGGAAGUCAGGUGAUGGAGUUCUCGAGGAGAUCAUUCACAUCACAAGGUCUAACAUCUUGGAGAUAUGUCUCGUCAAGACAGGGACGAGUACACCAAUUAUAUCUUCCAUAGAAUUGAGACCCUUUCUAUAUGAUACUUAUAUUGCUCAAACCGGUUCCUUGAGGAGUUAUAACCGGUUCUAUUUCACCGAUUCAAACAACUUUAUACGUUAUCCCCAAGAUGUGCAUGAUAGAAUUUGGAUGCUGUCGAUAUUACCAGAAUGGACGCAUAUAAACACAACCCACCACGUUAUUGAUUCUAUAGGUGGCUAUGACCCACCACAAGAUGUACUUAGGACCGGCGCCAUGCCGGCUAAUGCCAGUGAUCCAAUGACCAUUACCUGGAGUUUGGAGACGGCUACUGACCAAGUUUAUGGUUAUAUUUACACGGCUGAGAUCACGGACGUCCCGGCCAAUGAAACUAGAGAAUUCGAAGUUGUGGCAAAUGAUAAAGUUCAUUUCGAUCCGUUCAGUCCUACCAAGUUUGAAGCACAGAUUUUGUUCAACGAUGUACCACUGACAUGCGAGGGAGGAUUUUGUCGUGUGCAGCUUAUAAAAACUCCGAGAUCGACGCUUCCACCCUUGAUGAAUGCUUUCGAAAUUUUCACGGUCAUUGAGUUUCCACAAUCAGAAACAAAUCAAAAUGAUGUCAUUGCUCUAAAGAAGAUUCAAGCUACUUAUGGAUUGAACAGAAUCAGCUGGCAGGGUGAUCCAUGUGUCCCUAAACAAUUUUCGUGGACUGGCUUAAGCUGCAACGUAAUUGAUGUGUCCACACCACCAAGAAUCGUGAAAUUAGAUUUGUCUUCAAGUGGAUUAAAUGGAGUUAUAUCACCUAGCAUACAAAAUCUAACUCAACUUCAAGAACUGGACUUGUCCCAAAACAACUUGACUGGUGAAGUGCCUGAAUUUCUAGCCAAGAUGAAGUCUUUGUUGGUCAUAAACUUAAGUGGAAACAAACUUAGCGGUUUGGUUCCUCAAGCCCUUCUUGAUAGAAAAAAGGAAGGAUUAAAGCUAUUGGUUGACGAAAAUAUGAUUUGUGUGUCUUGCAUUAUCAUACUUGUGUUAGUUCUCAUAUUUGUUAUAAGAAAGAGAAAGCCAUCUGCUGGGAAAGUUAGACGCUCAUCCUUCAAGUCGAAAAAUAGAAGAUUUACUUACUCUGACGUUAAGGAAAUGACAAAUAACUUUCAAGUUGUUCUUGGUAAAGGAGGGUUCGGUGUUGUCUAUCAAGGUUUUUUAAAUAAUGAACAAGCAGCUGUUAAAGUUCUCUCUCAUUCAUCAGCUCAGGGCUACAAAGAAUUCAAAACAGAGGUGGAACUACUUUUGAGAGUUCACCAUGAAAAAUUAGUAAGCCUCAUUGGUUAUUGUGAUGAUGAAAAUGGCUUAGCUCUCAUCUACGAGUUAAUGGGAAAGGGAAACUUAAAAGAGCAUCUCUCAGGAAAACCUGGUGGUUCUGUUUUGAGCUGGCCGAUAAGACUUCAAAUAGCUCUUGAAUCCGCCAUAGGAAUUGAGUAUUUGCAUACUGGAUGCAAGCCAAAAAUAGUUCAUAGAGAUGUCAAAAGUACUAAUAUACUGUUGAGUGAAGAAUUUGACGCCAAAAUUGCGGAUUUCGGACUCUCAAGAUCCUUCAUAAUAGGAAAUGAAGCUGAAUCUACGGUUGUUGCUGGCACUUUUGGAUAUCUGGAUCCUGAGUACCACAAAACCAGCUUGUUAAGCACGAAGAGUGAUGUAUAUAGCUUUGGGGUUGUCUUAUUGGAAAUCCUCAGUGGCCAACCUGUGAUUGAUUUAUCCCGUGAAAAUUGUAACAUAGUGGAAUGGACCAGGUCUAUACUCGAAAAUGGUGAUAUUGAAAGUAUAGUGGAUCCAAACCUCCAUCAAGAUUAUGACACAAGUUCUGCAUGGAAAGUUCUUGAAUUAGCAAUGUCAUGUGUGAACAUUUCUUCUAAAGAGAGACCAAACAUGUCUCAGGUUGUUCAUGAGCUAAACGAAUGUUUGGACACAUGUGAAAAGUGGAGAAAUCAAAGGAGCCAGCAAGAGGUGGAUUUAAGGAGUCCUCUGGAACUGAGCAUAAGUGUAGACAUUGAAAUAAACCCAAAGGCACGUUAGUGGUUGGGUUUUUUGAAUGAUAAUUUGUAUUUGAAAGCUUCUCCUUGUGCAUGUUGAUACUUAAGCUUGGUGAGCAUGUUGAUACUUAAAAGCUUCUCCUUGUGCUAUUGAAAGUUACUACUCUGUUUUCUAUUGUACAAGAAGAAUAUCCGAACAGUGUUGUGGAGUGCCUUGUUUUCAUCUUGCCAAACUUACCUCAAUUUGUGUGUCUUUUCGAUUUCCUU